AUGGAUGUGUUGAAAGUAACCGCGCUUGGCAACACCGAUAAAUCAUCCAAGUUGAACCUGCCAUUCUGCUCAAUGAAUAUUGGGUACGUUACCGAGCACAGAGAUCUCAAAACUCGAGAGCUGAUUCACAAGCGGGUGGUUCUGGAUCUAAACGGUGUGAAGGCGAAAUACAAAUCCGCCCAGGAGUAA